CCUUUUCAUCAUCAGAUGAGCGCAAGCGUAGCCGCCAUGUUGAAACGGCGGUAAUUCAAAAAAAUUCGUACUGUUUUAAUCAACAAUGGCUGGGCAAGGACUAUUAUCUCCACAAAGAAAUAAAUUAUUGGAAAAAACCAUCGAUGGUGCUUCACUUAUUUAUGAUUCAGUUGAAGCUCAUAAUUGUGAACAAUUGAAAAGGUGGCUAAAAUGUCAUGGGCGUCCGCAAAAAGGGAAAAAAAGUGAGCUGAUUGAGAGAGUCAAAAAUGCAAUUAGGAAUAAUGUACCAGUGGACCAAACAGUUGACAAAGGAAAAUGGCUAAAUAUUCUAAAUACACUUAAUCAAAAUCCAAAUGUAGUGCAGAGUCCUAAAAUAAAUUAUCCUAACAUUUGGCAACCAUUUCCUUCUGACAAAGUACCCAAGAAUUUCACCUACGGAUCUAUGUACCAUUAUCUAGUGACAUCAUGCAUAAAUGACGACUAUGAUAACAGUGAUAUUGAAAAUGAAGACCAUAAUAAUCAAACUCCAAAAGCUGAUUAUAGUACGUCAAAACCGUUAAAACGAGGAAAAUUGUAUGUAGAAAGCGGCCACGUUUUUGAAAUUUUUGAAGGCGUAACAUCUGAUCAGAUGUUUUGCAUGAAGUGCAAAAUUCAAGCUUCGUAUAAAGCUAAAGAAAUUCAUCAAGUGUCAGUUAUGAUCAAUCCGUUAACUGCUCGAGUGAUUCAAGGUACAUGUGAUUGCAAAGCUUCUAGUAUGGGCCGUUGUUCUCAUGUAGCUGCUCUACUAUAUGUACUAUUGAAUUAUUUGGAUGAUUGUGACGAAGAUAAUGUUCCUUGUACAAGUAAACUAUGUAGCUGGAAUCAAGGUAGAAAGAAAAAAGAACCUCACAAAGCAGAUGAGCAGCAAUAUAAAAAUAAAAAUGACAUGAGUAAACGCAGGUCAUAUGAUCCUGGCCGAAGUUUAACAAGACCUGUAGACAAAUAAAAAAUUAAUAAUUUUUUAUCAGAUUUGCAAUUAAUAAAUGCUAGUCGAAAAGCUCCUUCAAUGUGGCAAUUAUUACUACAGCCGCAAUACGAGGAUUAUGUAUUAGAAAAACC